AUGAAGCUCCCGAUUGUUGCCGUGUUUGCCCUGUUUUACGUGGCCCACUGUGAGGAAGGCGCCAGGCUCCUGGCUUCCAAAUCUCUCUUAAACAGAUACGCGGUGGAGGGCAAGGACUUGACUUUGCAGUACAACAUCUACAACGUUGGCUCCAGCGCUGCUUUAGAUGUGGAGCUGUCGGAUGAUUCUUUCCCCCCCGAAGAUUUUGGCAUUGUCUCUGGGAUGCUCAACGUCAAGUGGGACAGGAUCGCUCCAGCGAGCAAUGUGUCCCACACUGUGGUCCUGCGGCCUCUCAAAGCUGGUUACUUCAACUUCACCUCUGCUACCAUCACGUACCUGGCACAGGAGGGGGGACAGGUUGUGGUUGGUUUCACUAGUGCUCCUGGGCAGGGAGGAAUCUUGGCUCAGCGUGAGUUUGACAGGAGGUUCUCCCCUCACUUUCUGGACUGGGCAGCUUUUGGCGUGAUGACCCUGCCCUCCAUCGGGAUCCCGUUGCUGCUGUGGUACUCGAGCAAGAGGAAGUAUGACACCCCCAAAACCAAAAAGAACUGAGCAAAGUCAAAUGCCACCAGUGCCCCAGAGCUCAGGAAAGAACAAGCAUUAACCCACCCAGAAGAGCAGGUGCGUUGGGAUCAGCAACAGGCACGCUGCAAAGCGCUGCCUGGGCUACGUGUCAGCCUCGUC